UUUGGGCCAGAGAAGAGAGUCUGGAAGACUGUGUAGAAGCCACAGGAUCAGAGCUCACUAUCCCAGGCCCUAGGCAGGUGUUGGAAGAUGGAAGGGAGUAGCCUCAGCCCCAGGAUGUCCAGCGAACAUGAGAGCACAGAGACAUUUCCCUUUGAACUUAUAUUCAAGCACUUCAAGAGUCAGAAAGUGAAGAUUUCUAAUGUGAUAAGAAGUACUUUUCCUUUUCUUGAGAGCCUCCGAGACCGUGAAUUCAUCACUGGUAAAAUGUAUGAUGAUUUGCAAGAUUCUUGUAGAGCGCUGAUCCCUGUAGACAGAGUGAUCUACAGAGCCCUGGAAGAACUGGAGAAGAACUUUAAAAUGGAGGUCCUGCGUGAAUUGUUCAAUGAGGUCAACAUGGAGAAGUACCCCGGUUUGAAAUCCAUUCGUAAAAAUUUUGAAAAUGUGUUCCCAACUGUAUUGUGUUUCCAAGGAAGUGAUGGAAGGGACCCAAACUCCCAGCUAAGUCUUGAACAAGGACCUAGUGGCAGCUGUUCUCAAGAAAGCCUGACCUGGUCACCCUUAGAUCCAUCCACAUCUGAGGGCUGGCGAAGUAAUGACAGAAGUUUCAGCCCCAUCCAGGUAAAUCAAACUGAGAAUCAUCAACUCUCCAAAUCACCGAAUCACCUUGUUUCAAGUUUGCCUGAAGAUGGACUCUCGGAAGACCUCCAUGAAACCGUACAGAUUAACAGAAUGAGAAGAGAUGACACCUCCAACACCAGCAACAAUAUUGAACCAGAAAGGAAACCAGUAAUCAUGCCUGGAGGCCCAGGUUCUGUGCCAGAGGAAUCCUGUGAACUCCAAGGCCAAAUGAAUGGCAGACAUGCUGCUACCCCAGAGCUGCACUGGGAUAAAAAAGGAGCUGUGGACCUCAACCAUGAACACCAGAUGCAUCCAUGUUUUGUGCGUCUGGUAGAUAUAAAGAAGGAAAGUUCAUCAUUUUCCUUGGAUGAUAACCAACAGACUCGAGCAAGGACCAACCAAAAUGAGGACUCUGAGAUAAUAGAACUCAGCAGUGGGGAUUCUGAUGAUGAAGACAACUUCUCAAAAGCUUCCACCUCAGUCCCCUCCCAGCCAGAUACUUCUGAUUCUGACAGCUCAAUCACCAUGAAAGGACGGAAAAGGACAAGACAUGUUCGAAACAAUCCUAUCCUGGGGAAAGACGGUGGAAAAAGAAGGAAAAGGAGAGGGAGACAUGGAAACUACUUAAUACGGAACAUCAAAAUCCCAAUGAGAACAAGCUGGAGAACAGCUUUCUUCACAAAAAGUGUCAAUCCUUCUUCACAAAGAGGCAGAAAAAGAGGUCCGAGAAUUCCCAGAAAAGCAGAUGUGGAUUUUAGCAAAAGUGAGCUUCCGGUGACCUGUGGCAAUGCUAAGGGGACUCUGCAUAAGGAGUUGUUUUAUCAAGGCAUCCUUGUGAAGAGUAUACAGAGUGAGAGUGGAGGAUUAUGGUUCACUCCCAGGGGGUUUGAAAUUGAAGGAAACCGUGAAAGAUCCAAGAACUGGAGGCAAAGUAUUCGCUGCCAUGGAUGGACCCUGAAAGAACUGAUAAAGGAAAAAAAACUACAAGACCUACCAAGAAAAAAGAAAGAAAAACUACAAGGCCCACCAAGAAAAAAGCUGGAAAAUCCAAAAGUAUGUAAAGUAUGCCGCCAACAAAACAAAGUGUACCGUUGUGCUACUUGUAAAGAAUUCUAUCAUAAGAAUUGUCACAUCCCACCUGUGGAAAAUAAGAGUAGCCUAUGGCAUUGUACCUUCUGCAAGACAAAGAAUCAGUUAAGGGGCCAAAAAAAUGAAGCAUGUCUUAAGGAAGCUGAGGUCUUGAAGAGGAAGAUGUCACCCGAGGAACAGCUGAAAUGUGAGCUGCUUCUCUUGAUUAUGUAUUGCUGUCCAAAAAGUGGCUUUUUUAUCCGAAAACAAGAGCGAAGGAAAAAGGACUUUCCAGACCUCCAGGAGCACAUGUGGUUAAACAAAAUCAAGAAUAGGCUGAAUAAGAAGGCAUACCAUUCGGUACAACGCUUUGUGGGGGACAUGCGCCUCAUCUUUCAGAACCACAGCAUAUUUUAUAAAAACAAGUUCAAAAAUCUUGGCAUCAGUGUAGGAAACAAAUUUGAGAAGACUUUCAAGAGGAUUUUUUCAAUCGAGGAUACAAGCGAACAACAUCAACCGUGUGAGCACACUGUUUUGUUAACCUAGCCUUUUCUGAUCCUUCCACUACCCGUCCCUCCAGCAGCCAACAGCAUGAUGCUCAGAGAGCCUACCUUUCUGCAUAGACAGCCUGCCACACUCCCGUCCGUCCCUAACUUCCUAUAUCACCUUCCCUGUUUGAUCAUCUUUCUAAAGAAAACUUAGGACAUCACAAUGGUGAACUGUCAGGGGCUGAGGGAGCCCACUGAGAAGAUGACUCUGGAAGCAGGAUUGCUCUCUCACCCAUUUCAAACCCAAGUCACAUAAAAUGCCCUCUGAAGUGUCUUGUUCAGGGGUGGCCUUGCCCCUCUAACUCUGUGAAAGGGAGGAGGAACCAGUGAAAUCAGUUAAAGAACAAGAAUACUGUGUCCUUGAAAACAGCUAGAAGGUGACCAUUUCUAACAGAGAUUACAAUUGUUUAUCCUGAGAUGUAAAAUGGAAGAGAAAAGCCAGAAAUUCAGCCAUGUUUGCUCAGCCAUGAAGAGAAAGCUGCAUUGGAAACUGUGGCUGACUGUUCAGUUUCCACAAACAGUUCCUGCUGCCUGUUUUGAACAUCCAGUUUGAUGGUGUGUUCUUUCUCUCUGUUGCUAUAAAUUCUUUUAUCUGGAAGCCCCACCAGAGGUUAACUCUUCUCUGUCCUGAACUCUAUUGGAAACUCCAGCUGACUGCUUCUGCAGGACUUCCCCUGGAUUCCAGUCCAUUCCCCCUGGAAAUUUGAAACAAAUGAUUAAAAUGGUGUUUUGUUGUUUUUAUUUUUUCCAAUUUAUUCUUUUACUUUAGCUUGUUAUAUACUUAAUAAACUCACUCAUUUGAAACUGAAA